AUGAAUGCACAUUGGUCCAGGGGUUUUCUAGUCUUUCUAGACGCCGAUACUGCUGGAGAGGCGGCCAAGAAAAUAGCGUUCCAGCAGCCCCCUUCUUCCUCCCACCCGCCCAUUCCUCUGCAAACUUCUGGAGCACGUUUUCACGGAGGGUGUGCAGGGGCCUCCGGGCACCGUCUGGCACUGCAGCAAACCUGUUCGGAUUUCAAUGGGGAAGCAUCCUUAAAAGCCCACCAGCCGCCGCCGCCCCCACACCCAGCGUGGGUUGCAGCCUUUAGGUUUUGCAAAACAGCUGCUUCCAAGAGGAAGAAAAUACCCUACAUGAUGCAGUGGCUUCUCAUUUUCUUGAUAUGCUUUUCUGCAAGAUCAGCACUGGCUGACCCCAAUGAAGAUGAAGCAAAAAAUAACAUUACCAUCUUCACAAGAAUUCUAGACAGACUUCUGGAUGGUUAUGAUAAUCGUCUAAGACCUGGACUGGGAGAUAGUACGACUGAAGUUUUUACAGACAUCUAUGUGACCAGUUUUGGACCAGUUUCAGAUACUGACAUGGAGUACACAAUAGAUGUUUUCUUCCGCCAAAAAUGGAAAGAUGAAAGACUAAAAUUCAAGGGUCCCAUGAACAUUCUCCGACUGAAUAAUUUAAUGGCCAGCAAAAUCUGGACUCCAGAUACAUUCUUUCAUAAUGGAAAGAAGUCAGUAGCUCAUAAUAUGACUAUGCCAAACAAGCUACUACGAAUCCAGGAUGAUGGUACUCUUUUAUAUACUAUGAGGCUUACAGUCCAGGCUGAGUGUCCAAUGCACUUAGAAGAUUUUCCUAUGGAUGCUCAUUCGUGCCCAUUGAAAUUUGGCAGCUAUGCAUAUACGAUAGCAGAAGUAACCUACAAGUGGACGUUCAAUGCAUCAAAGUCAGUAGAAGUAGCUCCAGAUGGUUCAAGGUUGAAUCAGUAUGAUCUCUUAGGCCAAACAAUUGGACAGGAAAUUGCCAAAUCCAGUACAGGUGAAUACACAGUGAUGACAGCUCAUUUUCAUUUGAAGAGGAAAAUUGGUUAUUUUGUGAUUCAGACCUAUCUUCCUUGCAUCAUGACAGUCAUUCUGUCUCAGGUGUCAUUCUGGUUGAACAGAGAAUCUGUUCCUGCAAGGACAGUUUUUGGAGUAACAACAGUGCUAACAAUGACAACGCUAAGCAUCAGUGCUCGUAAUUCCCUGCCUAAAGUAGCUUAUGCCACAGCUAUGGAUUGGUUUAUUGCUGUUUGUUAUGCAUUUGUGUUCUCUGCCUUGAUAGAAUUUGCCACUGUAAAUUAUUUUACAAAAAGAGGAUGGGCGUGGGAUGGAAAAAGCAUAGUCAAUGAUAAGAAAAAGGAAAAGGCCUCAGUCAUUAAGAAAAACAAUGCCUAUGCAGUGGCCGUUGCCAAUUAUGGACCAAACAUCACAAAGGAUUCUGUUCUCCCCACCAUCUCCAAGAGUGCUACCACUACUUCAGAACCCCACAAAGCCAAACCUGAAACCAAACCACAAGAAGCAAAGAAAACCUUUAACAGUGUUAGCAAAAUUGAUAGAAUGUCCAGGAUAGUAUUUCCAGUUUUAUUUGGCACAUUCAAUUUGGUGUAUUGGGCCACCUAUCUAAACAGGGAACCUGUCUUGCAUGGGUUUGCACCCUCACACUAA